GUUAUCCACAUGGUUGGUGAGAGUGCUGACAGUGUUGGUGCUACUGUAGGCUCAGGUAGUAGCAGCAAUAAGAUGCCGACUUUGGAGGAGUAUGGCACAAAUUUGACCAAGUUAGCAGAGGAGGUAAUUGGCUUUUCCUAGUCUUCUUCAAUGGUGAGACUUUGACCAAGUUUGUACUUUGGGUCGUUCAAAAAUCUCUUGUCAUUCAUGGACAACAACAAAAAGAAAGCUUCUUCUUCCUCAUCAUCCUCUUCCACCACCAACUUUGAUCAUCUUUUUGGUCCCAAGGAUCCGUCUACCAUGUCAUCUUCUUCCACAAGCAUCUUUGGCUAUAUUUUCCCCCUUCCUUCUUCCACUGUUGGAGGGAGAGAUUCAAGGAAGCAGGAGGUGGGAUUCAAAAAUUAUGGAGCACCAGGUAAUUACGGUAAAAGUGAAAGCAGUUGUGGCAACAAGAAUGAGACAGUGGAGCCCAGCAGCUACUACAGUUCAUCAAUCUACUAUAGUGGUCAAGAAAAUUAUUCCCCAAGAACAACAACAUCAUCAACCAGGACCACUGAAUCCCACCAUGCUGUGAGUGCCUUAAUCCCCAUCCUUUACUUUAUUUUCUAGUGGUCCAUGCAUCACACUUCACACAUAUUCUUAUAUUAUUUUAUUUAAUUGGCUACUAUGGACCUGCACCUCACAUUAUAGCUUAUCACCGUUACAAGUUUUUUAAGCCUCUCUGCCACCUGGCAUAUGGUAGUUAAGUUAAUUUAUCUACAGUUAACUAACCAUUACUUGAUACCUCUAUAUAAUUGACUCAACUUAUUCAUUAAUUGCACUUUGAGUUUCACUAUAUACAUAUAUCUUAGAUAAAUCAAAUUGGAUCCUGUUGUCGGAAGGCAGCAACAAAUUGAACGUGUAACUCAAAUUUUAGGUCGUCGUACCAAAAAUAACCCUUGCCUUAUUGGAGAACCUGGUGUUGGGAAGACAGCUAUUGCUGAAGGUCUUGCCCAACGUAUUGCAAAUGGGGAUGUUCCUGAAACCAUAGAGGGAAAGAAGGUUAUAACCCUUGAUAUGGGACUGCUUGUAGCUGGAACUAAAUAUCGUGGAGAAUUUGAAGAGAGGCUGAAGAAA